CCCGUUGAAGUGGUCAGAGUCCAGAGAGCUGAGGGCCCAGCGUGGAUGACCAGAAAGGAGACCGUCUCCGUUCAGCCUCCGAAGCCUAACUGCCCCACUGAGAGGAUGAAAGUCUCUGUGGCUGCCCUCUCUCUCCUCAUCCUCAUCCUCACCAUUACUUCUGCUGUUCACAGCCAGCCAAAAAUUCCUGAGUCGGUGAACCCUCCACCCACCUGCUGCCUGAAGUAUCAUGAGAAAGUAUUGCCAAGAAAAAUGGUGGUGAGAUACAGAAAGGCCCUCAACUGUUACCUGCCGGCAAUCAUCUUCAUCACCAGAAGGAAACGAGAGAUCUGUACCAACCCCAAUGACGAAUGGGUCCAAGAAUACAUCAAGGAUCCCAGACUACCUUUGCAUCCUUUCAGGAAGUUGGUCUAGGUUAACAUUAUUCGAUCUGAGAAAGGUCAACCCCAGAUUCUCAACUCCCCAUGGCGGUCAGGCCUCAGCGGGAACCCAAGUUUGGGGGAAAAAAAGGUGUAACCCUGUGAAAAUGCAGACAGCCUUGUGGUCUGAAUGACAGAGUUACAUUCAGAGAAGCAGGCCAGUGAUCCCACAACGUAAUUUAAAGUGUUUCAAAUAUAUUCUCAAUCUCUGGAGGAAAUGCCAAAGUUAAGGGAGGAGAGAAGGGAUACAUUCUUAAUGCACAGAAAAGCAUCUUUCACAUCCCCUCCUUGCUCUGCUUUCAGAUCCUCACAUCACUCCAGCCGUUCUAAAUGAUCAGACCACCUCUGGCCUCUCACUCAUUGAGACCCAGAGGACUCUAGACUUUUCCUGUCCACCCUUAUCCCUUUUCUAGGUCUCUUUUUUCUUCUAUUAUCUUUUCUUUUAAAACAUGACUUUUUUCUUAGCAGGCCAGGGUGGGAAUAUUCAAAUACUACUGAUUUUUGUCGCUGUUGCAGAGGUUUUGCUGGAUCCCCUGAUAUUGGGUCUUCCCCAGGGUGACGUGUGUACAGACAGUGCCAAAACAGAAAAGGAGGUGUGAAUCCCUAGCUCCCACUCUAAGCUUUGCAUGGCAAGGGAAGGGCAUUAGACCAGGUUGGGGAUAAAAAUCUUGAUCUAAAACGCAACCAUUCAAUAAAUAAAAUUUCCUUUAUUGCCAACUUGA